AUCAAUGAACAGUUCCACAUUUACAGUAAAAGGAGCCUUUAGAGAAAGUUUAAAGACUCUAAAUUCUUUAGAGGGCUGGGACUACGUUGAGCCCAGGCAGAUGACUAAUCCAUACAAGCCAGCAGGUGUGAAGGAAAGUUUUAUAGGCCGUCAUGUAGAACUGUAUUCCCUGAGGGACCUGGACCCAGAAACAUCAGCGUCUCUGUCGUGUCCGUGUCCCAGCCCUCCAUCUCCGGGAACAGAAACGUUUCAGAUGACUUCCUUGGAGAACUGUUCCUCUCCCUGUGCACAAGGAGACUCUCUGCCAUCAUUAAAUACAGCAUCAUCUGACCCGGAGGAAGUGGAAAACAAUAAGAAGAAAAUUCGAAAAAAUUUUCCUAGUAUAAUUAAAAGUAUGAUUGAAAUUAUCAAAAAGCUAUUCAGUAUAAGAGUUCCUUUUUUAAAGAAUAUUAACUGUAAACCUAACGUAAAAAAAUUUGAACAACCUGCAUCCUGUCUGUGUCCACCGGGAGACGCUCUGACAUCAGCAAAUACACCACCGCCUGACCAGAGGAGGGAAACUAAUGAAUAUUGGCAUUUCUUUACCCUUGAAAAUAUCAUUAUAAUACAUAAAGUCUUCAAAGACAGAAAUUUAAAUUUUAUUCUGGAUAUUUUACCUCAAAGAAAAAUUGAAAUAUCUAAAAGACUAAAUGAUGUGAAAAUUUCCGAAAUUGAUAUAAAAAUUUCACAUGUAAAAGAAAUUUGUUUUUAUAAACUCCAAAAUUACAAGACAAAUUGCCAACAUGCAGUUGCAAUUUUUCACAAGAAAGAUGGAUCAGAACCUAAAUUAAUUGGACCAUUUUACCCAGCUGAAAAGCAUAGUGAGGAUUUUAUUAUUGAAGAAAUUGAAUACUUGAUACAAACGAAGGAAAUUAAUGAUUUUUCUGAAAUUUGGAUUUACACGGUGAAUAAUCCUUGUAUAGGGAGAAAAAAUCAAACACCCUGUAUGUACAAUUUAAUCAAUUUGUCAAUCAGAUUAAGUCAGGACUAUGGAAUUAAAAUGUAUAUCAGCUUCACAAAAUUUUAUGUAUUUAUCAGAAACAUGGCUGAUCUUAUUGGAAACAGUAAAGAAUUGGAAGAUUCUUGGAAGAGAAUAAUUGAAUAUUACAAUUUGAAUCUUCACUCAAAGUUUUCUGUUAAAUUCGAUAAUUUGAACAUACCCAAGAAACAAUUUCCCAAAAAUAAAAGGCAGUUAAUUUGUGAUAAUAUAACUAACAUUCUUUCUGAAUGUCCAGAUUCGGUACAGACUUAUGAAGAGUGGAAACAGACAGGAAUAGAAACAGCAGAAAGACUUGUGUUGAGAGUGAGAGAGACAACUGGGGACAGUGCUGAUGAUUUUUUUGAGGUUAAGUCUGUGUUUAUUGAGUUGUGGUAUGGUAAAUUAAACGAAAAACUCACUGAAAUUAUUAGCAAACAGAUGGUCCUGUUCUACUUAACCCACAUCCAGGGCCGUGAACAUUACCCUGUCUUUUUCAAGUUUGACCCUUAUGAAUAAUACUGCAAUUUGCGGAAUUGAGAAAUUAUUAACA